UGAGGUAAGGCGUGAAGGCGAGCAAUGUAAGAGUCAUGCGGAAGGUGUGUCGGGGUAUAAGUAUAUCACAACGAAUUUCAUUUAUUCACUAGAAAAAGACAUCCACUAUGGCAAAAUAGUAUCCCUGUUAACACGGAAGAGACGCAAAGUCACUGUCGAGACCGCGAGGUUUUCAAUCGGGGGAAGGCAACUGUUAGCCUGGGACGCUAGUUAGCUAACGUUACAUAUACUCAUUUUUGCUAGCAACUGACCUCCACCACAACACGGCGCAUUGGACUAGUGAUCAAUAAGUGACUCAUUCCUUGUCGUCAGCCCUCCUUGUCUCCCAACCCAAAGUGGUGCCCUGCGUACGCGUCCUGGGAAUAUGAGACAGAAUGAGUCAGAGAGAUACCCUGGUUCAUCUGUUUGCUGGAGGGUGUGGGGGAACGGUAGGAGCCAUCCUGACCUGUCCCCUGGAGGUGGUGAAGACCAGACUCCAGUCAUCCCACAUCACACUCUACGUGUCUGAGGUGCAGCUCAGUACCGUCAAUGGGCCCAGCGUAGCACGUAUGUCCCCUCCAGGACCCCUGCACUGCCUCAAGUUGAUUCUUGAGAAAGAAGGAGCCCGCUCUCUGUUCAGGGGCCUGGGGCCUAACCUAGUGGGCGUGGCCCCCUCCAGAGCCAUCUAUUUUGCUGCGUACUCCAGUGCCAAAGAGAGACUGAAUGAAGUGUUUGAGCCGGACUCUACACAGGUCCACAUGGUAUCUGCUGGCUUGGCAGGGUUCACAGCAAUCACAGCUACCAACCCGAUCUGGCUCAUCAAGACUCGCAUGCAGCUGGACUCCAGGAACCGCGGGGAGAAGCCCAUGAAUGCGUUUGAUUGUUUGCGGCGGGUGUACCAGACAGAAGGCCUGCGAGGGUUCUACCGGGGAAUGUCAGCGUCCUACGCUGGAAUCUCAGAGACUGUGAUCCAUUUUGUCAUCUAUGAGAGCAUCAAGCGUCGCCUCAUGGAGGCCAAGGCCGCGCAGCACAUGGACGAGGAGGUGGAGGAGGAUUCGUCCAAGGAUGCCUCGGACUUUGUGGGGAUGAUGCUCGCCGCCGCCACCUCCAAGACCUGUGCCACGUCCAUCGCUUACCCCCACGAAGUGAUCCGGACCCGGUUACGGGAGGAAGGCACCAAGUACCGUUCCUUCUUCCAGACUCUGACCACGGUGCCCAAGGAAGAGGGCUACCGGGCGCUGUACCGCGGCCUCACCACCCACCUGGUGCGCCAGAUCCCUAACACCGCCAUCAUGAUGUGCACCUACGAGCUAGUGGUCUACAUGCUGAACGGUUAACCUUUGACCCUUGACCUAUGACCCCAGAUUAAACCCCAGAGAGAGAUGGGCCGACGCCCCACGUGGACGGAUGGCAUAAAGAGACCCCCGAGAAACUAAACAGGAGAGGGACCAGGGACUGUCAUCUCUCCCACCUCCAGUCCCUCCAUCCGGUCUGUCUAAAACUAAACAGGAGAGGGAGCAGGGACUGUCAUCUCUCCCACCUCCAGUCCCUCCAUCCGGUCUGUCUAAAACUAAACAGGAGAGGGAGCAGGGACUGUCAUCUCUCCCACCUCCAGUCCCUCCAUCCUGUCUGUCUAAAACUAAACAGGAGAGGGAGCAGGGACUGUCAUCUCUCCCACCUCCAGUCCCUCCAUCCUGUCUGUCUAAAACUAAACAGGAGAGGGACCAGGGACUGUCAUCUCUCCCACCUCCAGUCCCUCCAUCCUGUCUGUCUAAAACUAAACAGGAGAGGGACCAGGGACUGUCAUCUCUCCCACCUCCAGUCCCUCCAUCCGGUCUGUCUAAAACUAAAGCAAAUUGUCCCAAAAGCACCCUGUUUUUUGGCAUGGAGAGUUUUAGGGUUGUUUUCAGGGGUGCACGACACAGGAAGAGGGGUUGGUAGACAGGAAAUCACCAUGUUGGUUUUGGGGAUAUGGUUUAAAGGUGUUUAAAAAGAAGCUGUCUCAUUGAAAAUUAGUCCUUAGGAGCCCUUUCUCUCUCUCCUUUUCUUGCCCUCCUCUCUUAUUGUGUCUCUCCUAAAUAAGCUUCUUUACAAGCGCAUAGCUUACUGGAGCAGGUACAUUGGGGAGAACACUCAAGCUAUUUUAGAUUCUUAACAAUACUAAUCAUUUCUCUGGUUUGUGUGUCAAGGGGGCAAUUGGUAGUAGAGGCUUGUUGAGUGCAGGGAGGUCUUGAGGUGAGGAUAGGGUUGGAGGUUGGAGCGAGGUGGAUAGGGCAUGUGCCUUGUCUUGCGUGAAGACUUGAGCAGACCUGUAUAGAUGUGAGGUUGAGGAGGGGGCGCAAAGGUCAGACCAGCCCUGGUUUCUGGAUCUCAGUAGACCACAGUUGGACCGCAGGCAUUCAGAACCACACAUAGUGCUGGUCGGGUCCACUUUGCACUCAGGACCAAGCCUGGUCUCCUCCACCCUAGUUGGUCAACAAGCACACAGAUUGUCCCUACAGGGGCUAGUCCACUCUGACAAACCUAACCUCUGAGACUGGCUGGCCCUGACUGACAUCCUGACUAACACUAUAGGCAUUGAUACUCUUGACUCAUACUGGAAGCUUAAACAUAUGCAGCAGCACACACAGUGUUCUCUUUGUGUGUGUGUUCUGUAGAGCAAGUAGGGUGUUAGUAAGAUCCUUUGACCCACUCCCUCAUAGCACCCAGACUGACCACAAUCAUCCGGUCAAUCAUAACUACUUGAAUGUUAACCAACACAAGGAAUAACAAACUAAAGACUAUGGAGCAUUGUCUCACAUCAGAUGGCAACCUUGUGAAUAUUCUAAGACAGAAAAAAUGAUAACAGAAAAUACAAAAGUUUACAAACUUAACAAGACAAUUAUAAUAAUGAUAAUUAUAUGAAAAAGUAUAUAUUAAUGUCUUCAUAAGAUGUAACAUUGUUGCAUUUUUCUGCCCAGUCAUGGGAGUGUAAACUAUAUGUUUUGGGGGGGGAUUGGGGAGUGAACCUCUGAACCCCCAAGGUUUCCCCUCCUCCCUUAGACAUAUGUGUGAUUUUUUUAAUGCACUUUUCUGUAGACCUGCUCUGACCUACAGUUGCAUCUCUUCUUUCUCUGCCUCAGAAUCCAAGCAAGUGUUACAGAUGAGACAAUCCUCUUUCCAGUCUUCACUUUGGGAAUAGAUGGGGAUACUCUAGAGUGUAUGUGUUUGAAAUGCUACACUAUAAGGAGACCCUAUGUUGUCUAUCCCCAUACUUUAUGCAGUAUAUGUGUGGUUUAACAAGUGUUUUUUAAAGAAAACAAGAUGACUGCAUUUCAAACCGAUUUUCAAAAAUGUUUCAUUUUGAAACUUUUUUUGGGGGGGGUUGUCAUUUUUAAUCUGACUCUUUUUUGAUGCCUUGCCUUGAAAACAGAAAGAUGCUUGCUCUCUACUUCUUUCACCUCCCUUUAUUUAGCUGUUUUUCCUGUUAUUUUCUGUCUGUCAUUUUCAAACUGUGAGAACUCAAUGUUCAUAAUCUCCUUGUCUAGCUGUUGUUUACGUUCAGCCUUGUGUAACCAUGGAGACACUCUCACCUACUGACCUUUCCCCGCUCAAUUGAUACGAGCACAAAGAGCCUUUCCAGCACAUGUAAGCUUCACUGCAGCCAUUGUCAAAUAGCCACAGGUCACACUAAUGCUAGAAAUAAGAAUUAGGUUCAUAACAUGCUGCCUGUUCCUUAAACAAAUUACUGUAUUGCUACUCAAUAUUCACUCUGGAGAGAGUAAUGACAUAACUGGAGUUGUAUCAAUAUCUAGGUAAACUGUAGCUAGUUUUCUCUUGAGAUAUGUGCACUGCUCAAAUGCAUCUCUUCACCCUUCAUGCCAGCUGGGGUCUGGGCGACAGGGCUGAGACAAUCCCUCCUGUGCCAUCAUGAAGGUUGUGGAAGCAACUAACAACCUCACUAAAACUGUAGGUAGUUAGACCCAUUUCUAAAAAGGGUCAAUGGUGAAAUCUGAAAUCAGCUUAUUCUGUAUCACCCUCACUGAACAUUCACAUCUUACUGCACACACAUGAAGUAUGCAUUAUAUCGGAGAACUGCUCUAUUAUAAUUAAUGCAUAGAGCAGGAUAAAUAUCUACAGAUUAUUGAUACGUCUGUUCAAUUUGCGCUGCAAUCUCUGAAACCUGAGCUAGUGUAGUGGGUGGUUCCAUUGCUGCUAGUACACCCACUGGCAGCAGACAAACUCCGCAAACUAAACUAUCUUCUGUUGGAAAGCUCUACUGAGUGACUACAGCAGGGGUUUCCCAGCCCCCUCCUCAGGAACCACCAGACGGCACACCUGAUUCAAUUAGUCAACUAUCACCAAGCCCUUGGCUAAUUGAGUUGUGCCAUUUCGGGGCUCCAAUUAAUAUGUGAACCAUCUGGUGGUCCCCGAGGAGAGGUUUGGGAAAUAUUAUACUACACCAGGGAUAGGCAACUUUGAUGGGGGAGGGACACACAAAACAUUUGCUUGUGCAUCUGCAUACCCACAUCCAUACUCCCAAACACACACAUUAUGAGCAAAACAUUUUAGCGGCCCCCCUCUUGACAGCGGAUUGACAUUUUUUAAUGUUUGGAGUUAAUGUCGUGCAAUUCAACGUAGAGAAACUGCAGUUUUAAAGCAUGUUUUCUAUAAUUCUACAUAUUUUGCCAAGGGGUGGAGAAAAGCUGUUGCAAUUUUAUAACUAAUUUCAGGCAAUUCUACUCAU